ACGAGUGUUAAGUGCCAUUCUGUGAGAGAGUGGAGUGAAACAUGUAAAGGAGUGUUGUGAGGUCCUUUUAUUUUCUAUUUCUAACAUUCCUUGCAAGUUUCAAUCAUGUCAAGCGGUGAUGAUAAAAAACACCAAGUGGAUGAUUCCUUCAUGCUCAAAGCUAUGCAACAACAAUUUCAGAGGCUAGACAUCAUGUUUGGUGAAAUUAAAGACAAAAUGGAGAAGCAAGAUGCAGCCAUUGCCAAGUUAUACCAAAUACAGAAUGGAAGUCCAAAUUUGCAUAAUCACAAUCUUGAUGACAAUGAUGAAGAUGCAUUCAACGAUGAUGCCCAGAGCUCAAAUUUCAGCAUGGACAGAUUUAUGAGAGGUAGAAGGGGUCAAAGAUAUAGAUUUAACAAAGGAGACCAAAAUCUGGCAAGGUGGGGAGAUCGGCAAGAUCAUGACUUAGGCAGCAUCAAGAUGAAGAUUCCUUCAUUUCAAGGCAAAAAUGAUCCAGAUGUGUAUUUGGCGUGGGAAAAGAAGGUGGAAUAUGCCGUUGAUGGAGAACUGCUGGUCACUAGGCGAGCUUUGAAUGUGCAAGCCAAAGAAGAUGAUGAAGUACAACGUGACAAUAUAUUUCACACGAGGUGCCAUGUCAAAAACAAGAUAUGUAGUGUGAUUAUUGAUGGUGGUAGUUGUACUAAUGUAGCUAGCACUGUUUUAGUUGAAAAGCUUAAUUUACCUAUGAUGAAUCAUCUAAGGCCAUAUAAGUUGCAGUGGUUAAACAAUUGUGGAGAAAUCAAGGUAAAUAAGCAAGUUCUGGUUUCAUUCUCUAUUGGACGAUAUAAGGAUGAGGACUUCAAGGAUGUGUUUCCAAAUGAUGUUCCUAAUGGUUUACCACCAAUAAGAGGAAUCGAGCAUCAAAUUGACUUCAUUCCUGGUGCAACAAUUCCAAACCGACCAGCAUAUCGAAGCAAUCUCAAUGAGACGAAAGAACUUCAAAGGCAGGUUGAAGACCUAAUGAAAAAGGGACAUGUGAGAGAAAGCAUGAGUCCAUGUGCAGUUCCAGUGCUACUUGUGCCUAAGAAGGAUGGGACUUGGCGUAUGUGCGUUGAUUGUCGCACGGUCAACAAAAUCACUGUAAAGUAUCGUCACCCUAUUCCUAGAUUAGAUGACAUGUUAGAUGAGUUGCAUGCUGAUGGAAUCGUAAUAGAUGAAGAAAAGGUUAAGGCUGUUAAAGAAUGGCCGACACCUAAAAAUAUUUCUGAGGUACGGAGUUUUCAUGGUUUGGCGAGUUUCUACCGGAGAUUCAUCAAGGAUUUCAGUAUUGGCAUUGGUGCUGUUUUGAUGCAAGAGUGGCGACCUAUUGCAUUUUUCAGUGAAAAAUUGACUGGUGCAGCACUUAACUAUCCUACUUAUGACAAGGAGAUGUAUGCAUUGCACUUGAGGGGACAAGGUAAGUUGAAUAGACGACAUGCUAAGUGGGUGGAAUUCCUUGAGACGUUUCCCUAUGUGAUCAAGUAUAAGCAAGGAAAGGAAAACAUUGUGACUGAGGCAUUAUCUCGUAGGUACACACUUAUCUCUACCUUAAGUGCAAAGUUAUUAGGUGACGAUUUGAGGACAAAUCCUUUUGAGGAGAGAGAGAAUGAUGGGAAUCAAGACGACAGCAUAUCUACUACGUCAUAUGAUCCAUUACACACCCAAGGAGGUCUAGUCACGCGAGCUAGAGCUAAGAAGAUACGUGAAGCUUUAAAUGGCCUUAUUGAACAGAUCUGGGUUGAAAAUAACAUACAACAAGCAAAUCGAAGCUUGGAUGAUUAUCAAGGCAUGAUAAACAUCAUUCAGGUUCAAGAGAAGCUUAAUUGAGGUCAUUUAUGGUAAAUUACCCAGUUUACGUCAAUCUCGCAAUUCUGUCGCAAUUUGUAACAAACUGAUAUUUCAUGU